AAAACAUCCAUCAUGCAACGUUCCAAUCAGUCCUCGCCAUGCGCCAGUCCGAAGCAUGCUUUGGAGGGGCGUGAUGGCCGUCCCGUCUUCUCGUUGGAUGAUGACAGGAGAAGCACCAGAAAGCCGCCAUGACCGAUACCAUAACAUGUCACUUGGGAAAGACACCGGCGCGCCAGGUGAUCGUCAAGACGUGUUUUGCUUAAAAUACUGCCAUGACCGCCUACUAACCUCCGACUGUUGACUUUCGUGGGCCAUGGUAGAAAUGCUGUGAUCAAGAAGACUCUUGUCCAUCAGCACCAGCCGAAGAUCAGCCGGACAGCGAGGACACCAACUCCCUCUCCACGGUCAACAUGUCCACCACCACUGCUCCCGUCGUCCCAUGGCACGCCGACUUCCCUCGCGAGCUCGUCGGCAAGAAGAUCCUCCUCGCCACUGAAUCUCUCGGACCCGUCAAUGGAGUCAGCAGAACAACACAAUCUCUGGUCGAUUACCUGAGGAGCAACGGCGUGAAUGUCGCCACAUGUGCUCCCACGUACAAGGGACAACCGAUCGUCGCAUCGUCAACACCAUCAAGCACAUCAAAAUUUCGCCUUCAAGGGUUUCCUCUACCAUACAACCCCGACUUAUCCAUCGCCUACCCUUUCCGACUCGGCCGCAUCUACCAACAAACUUUCGGCGACUCCGCUCCUGACCUAAUCUACCUCGCCUCCCCCGCCUCCGUCGGCUUCCAAUUCCUCAUCCAACUCCGCUCCCUACCCUCUGGAACAUGCCCUCCAAUCUGUCUAAACUUUCAAACCGACCUGGCAGCGUACGCCUCCAUCAUCCUCUCACCACCCCUCGACGCAUACGGCGUCUGGCUCCUACAAAAAGUCCAAGGCUACCUCUUCUCCGCCCCCGCGAUCCGCACAAUCUUCUACCCAAGCGCAUACGUCGCGAAAUACAUGUCUUCCGCUGGCGCUCCCGCAGAGAAGAUGCUCCAACUGGGUCGAGGCGUCGACACGACUCUCUUCAACCCCGACAAAUUCGACAGGACCUACCGCCGCACUAUCGCCGGGAAUGACGAGAUCAUCUUCGUCUGCAUUUCCCGCCUCGCACCGGAGAAAGGCUUCGAGUUCCUCGCUUCCGCCGCUACCCGACUCCUCACUACCGCUCCAGAUCUGAAGUGGAAACUCCUCAUCGUAGGCGGUAACACCUCCCCCUCUGUCGACGCUUCCAUCCGCUCGCUCUUCUCUUCACCUGAGCUCGCUCCCCGGGUUCACUUCACGGGUAUGCUUCGCGGCGCCUCCCUCGCUCGCGCAUACGCCGUCGCGGACGUCUUCCUGCACUGUUCCAUCACGGAGACGUUCGGCUUGGUGGUGUUGGAAAGCAUGGCGUCUGGUGUCCCAGUCAUCGCUCGUGAUGAAGGUGGUCCGUCGGAGACUGUCAAGCACGGCGACUCCGGCUACCUCGUCGAUCCGCUGGAUAUGGAGACUUUCGUUGCUCGCGCACAAGAACUGGCUGUGAAUAUAAAUCGACGAAAAUCCAUGGCUCUCGCCGCACGACGACAAGCAGAAGGUCUCACCUGGAACGCCAUCAAUUGCAAAGUCGCUCACAAACUCGUCGAGGCACUUCGCUCCGCUGGGAGACUCUCCUCACCCGACAACGAUGACGAGAAAGCUGCGUAUGGAGGCUGGUGGGGACUGGUCAAGGUGUAUUGCGCCGUGGGGAUUGUGUGGGUGUUUUGGUGUAUUGCUGUUUUGCCGUUGAUUGCGGCGGGGUUGGUGCAUGGGAUGUUCCAUUGA